AUGACUGGCCUGACUGGUCGGAAUUCGAGUUGGGCCUCUGCUCUGCAGAGGGUCACCGAUCUGGGCAUGUCUGGAACUCGGCUUGGACGAGUGGACCUGAAGACCUUCGCCAACAUAGCCAACUAUCAGAAUCAGAACCUGUUGGGCAGCCAUCACCAUCUGCUCCAUAUCGCCGAACCACAAUUGCAACUGCUGCCCGCAGUGACAACGACGCCGACGCCGACGCCGACAACGCUGACGACAGCAACGACAGCUACAUCAAUAAUACCCGACACCAACACCAACACCAACACCAAUACCAUCAACAACCAACAACACCAGCGGCCAGUGUUUGAAAAAGCCAUCACCAUUUCGUCGAUUGCGAUUAAACGCAGGCCGACGCUGCCGCAAACGCCAGCGAGUGCCCCACAGGUGUUGUCGCCGUCGCCCAAGCGCCAGUGCGCCGCCGCCGUAUCGGUGCUGCCCGUGCCAGCAGCAACAGCAGUUGCCGCGCCCGGUGCCCAUCUGCAAUACGCCACCUCGCCGGCAGCAGCAGCAGCAGCAGCCGCCGCCGCAGCCGCAGCAGCAGCAGCCGCAGCGCUCAAGGGCCACCAGCUGAGCUUUGCACAUCCCACACAGUUUGCGGCCGCCGUUGCCGCGCACCACCAGCAACAGCAACAACAGCAGCAGCAACAGCAACAGCAAGUUGCCUACGCACACCAGCAACAUCAGCAGCAGCAGCAGCAGCAGCAACAGCAGCGCUUGGCGCAGUUCAAUCAGGCAGCCGCCGCCGCUGCUCUGCUCAACCAGCAUCUACAGCACUCAGCCGUUGCAGCUGCCGCGGCGCAUCAGCAACAGCAGCAGCACGUGGCGGUGCUGCAGCAGCAGCAGGCGCCUGCCCAUUAUAGUGGAUAUCAGCUGCGACACGCUCACGCACAGUACGCACCACAGCAACAGCAGCAGCAGCAGCAUUUAGUACUGAGCAAUAACAGCAACAAGCAACAUCAACAGCAACAGCAACAGAGUAGCUCAGCGGCAACAGCAACAACAGCAGCAGUUGCUGCCCAGCACCCACCUGCAGCAACCACUGCUUUAAGUGUUGCCACAACAGCAGCAGCAACAAUCAACAACAACAACAACAAUACAAACUCCCCGGGCAGCUCCACGCACGAGUCACAGUCGCACGAGUCAGCGCCGACGACUCCCUCGCCGGCAGGCAGUGUCAGUGCCGCAGCAGCAGUUGCCAGCGACAACAACAACAACAAUACAAACACAACAACAACUGCAGGCGCCCCAACAGCAGCAGCAUCAGCAACAAUAAGCAGAGACGCCAGCAUAAUGGAAAAUCAAAUGGCGUUGGCCCCGCUGGGACUCUCACAGAGCAUGGACUCCGUGAACACGGCCAGCAAUGAGGAAGAGGUGCGCACAUUGUUCGUCAGUGGCUUGCCAAUGGAUGCUAAGCCACGCGAGCUCUAUUUGCUAUUCAGAGCCUAUGAGGGCUACGAAGGAUCUCUACUGAAAGUAACUAGCAAAAAUGGCAAAACAGCAUCGCCCGUCGGUUUCGUAACAUUCCAUACAAGAGCCGGAGCCGAGGCAGCCAAACAGGAUCUACAGCAGGGUGUUCGCUUCGAUCCCGAUAUGCCCCAAACAAUUCGCUUGGAAUUCGCCAAGAGUAACACGAAAGUGAGCAAACCCAAACCACAGCCCAAUACAGCGACAACAGCCUCACAUCCUGCAUUGAUGCACCCACUCACUGGACAUCUGGGCGGGCCAUUCUUUCCGGGCGGACCCGAGCUAUGGCAUCAUCCGUUAGCGUAUUCAGCCGCCGCCGCCGCUGAGCUACCCGGUGCCGCUGCCUUGCAGCAUGCAACACUCGUGCAUCCGGCAUUGCAUCCGCAGGUGCCCGUACGCUCCUAUCUCUGACUAAAUACAGACAAAGUAAUGGAGCAGCCUAUGCAUCAAACUCAAAUGACAAUGCCACAUCAUCAGACAACUGCAACCGCUUUACAUCCCAGCCAGCAGGCGGCUAUGGCGCACUUAGCCGCUGCCGCUGCCGCUAACGGUGGUGCUGGUGGAGCAGCUGCGGCUGCUGCUGCCGCUGCGGCGCCGCAAGGUACUGCCGGUAACCCAGCUGCAGCUGCUGCCGCCGCCGCUGCUGCUGCGGCCGCAUCACAUCAUCAUUUUUUAUCCAGUCCCGCUCUGGCUAGCCCCGCCGGCUCCACCAACAAUGCCGCACAUCCAGCUAAUCCGCAAAUAGCAGCUAAUGCGCCCUGCUCGACGCUGUUCGUAGCCAAUUUGGGUCAGUUUGUGUCCGAGCAUGAGCUGAAGGAGGUUUUCUCUAGUAUGCCUGGCUUUUGUCGCCUACGAAUGCACACAAAAGCAGCAGCUACCAACUGCAAUACAACCAACACCAAUACCAACAUCAGCAGCAGCAGCAACAACAGCAACAGCAACACCAAUUCUGGCCAGCAGCAGCAACAGCAUCCGGUGGCCUUUAUUGAAUUCAACGAUGCUCCGAGCGCCGCGCAGGCCAUGCAACAGCUGCAGGGCAAGUAUUUGCUCAGUUCAGAUCGCGGCUGCAUACGCAUCGAGUAUGCCAAGACGAAGAUGCUUAACGAGUUGUCGCUGCCGCUCAUGAAUGGCAAGGCAGCAGCAGCAGCUGCAGCAGCGCAACAACAACUAUUUUUAUUGAAUGGCGGCUUGGAUUUGGGGCAUGUUGCAAAUACCAACAUGCUAGUCACUGCACCAGCAAUCAGCACCACAACACAAGCAUCGACACAGCAGCAGCAACAGCAACAGCAACAGCUACAACAGCAGCAACAUUUCCAACUACAGCAACAGCAAAUGCAACAACAACAACUACAGCUACAGCCACCUGCAGGCUGUACCAGCACCAGCACCACUAGCGUUGUUGUUAACUCACUACAGCACAACCAACUUCAUCCAAAUCAGCACCACCAAAAUCAUCUCUUUAGAGACAGGAGCGGGUAUGGAAUCAAGGCAUGAUUUGCUCGCUAAGAAACUAGAGCGUGAAAUGCAGCAACAACAGCAACAUCAACAGCAGCAGCAACAACAACAGCAGCAUCAUCA